AUGAAGGAAGAGGACUCAGACUCAGGAGCAGUGAAGUCCGAGAGAUUGCACACUUUGGAGGGUGACCAUGCAGAAGCUCAUAGCUUGCUGGAAUUCGAUUCCUGGAUGGACGAGAAGGAGUCGACGACAACACAAAUCUUCUGGGCAGUGGUCUGGUGCAUCAUGGUUGCCAUGCAUAUUUGCGGGACUACUCCGAAGGACGGCAAGCCCAUUGACGGCGUGGCUCACGCGCUCGGUACGAUCGUCCUCAUUGCGCUUGGCGCCUGCGUCCUUAUGUGCUCCACAUCUGGCGUGUCGUCGCGAACCCUUGGCUCAUCCCGCCCGGGCUUGUCGCGAUGUAUUUCCACGAACUGCAGACGACUAUGA